ACUACACCAUGUUGGCAGAAGCGUGUAUAUAAAGAACCUCGCCUCUGACCAAGAGUACGAGUAUCAUCUCAUCAUCGUUUCAAUCUUGGUUCUUCUCCAGUAGGUGUCAUAUAUAUUAUGUAUUCUGUCAAGGCAGUAAUAGUAGUUGCCCUGUGUACGACAGCUUGGGCAGCACCACAACGACCCCCAAGCAGUGGAGCAGAUAAAGAUGCUGUUAUUACAUCACAGCAACUUGAAGUCAACUUUGAUGGUAGUUAUGUAAACAAUUUUGAAACAAGUAAUGGUAUUAGUCAUCAAGAAACUGGUCAACCAAAGCAAGUUGAACAAGAAACUCCAGUUGUAUCACAGGGUAAUGAAGCCUGGACUGCUCCUGAUGGUCAAGCUAUCAGUUUAACAUGGACCGCUGAUGAAAAUGGUUUUCAAGCACAAGGAUCUCAUAUUCCAACUGCUCCUCCAAUUCCUCCAGAAAUUCUUAGAGCUUUGGAAUAUAACGCAGCUCAUCCAGAACAAGAUAACGAAGGAGUCUCUGGUGGCAGGCCCCCAGCUAGAGGUUAAUCGUACACCACCCAGGUGAAUCACACAAUCGGCAAUCGUGUGACCUUACCAAAAGAAGGUGGCUUGUCAUGGAGUGAGACCCGACUUGAUGAAAGAUUACUUAACAUUAUAUUCUAUCGACAACUUGAUACAAAAAAAAAUUCCUCUUCGUAUAUAUUGUUAAUAUUAAUAUAUACUUUUUUUUACAAUAACUUACCACUUGUCACGGCAGAUAGCGAUAAUGAUAAAAUUUAAAACCUAACGAUACAAUUUAAGAUUUACCGAAUUAAAACAGCGUGACAAAAUAAUGAAAAAAAAAAAAAACCAAUAAAUAAAAAUAACCAAACUAAAAUAUAA